AUGAAUAGGCCAUUCACCCUGGCUGCCGGCUGCUGCGGUGCAAACCUCCACCUGCAGGCAACUGUCACCCCAGGGCAGGCAGAGGGCCGAGGACCUGGCCUCCUGGCCUCCCUCCCAUCCCCUGGAAUCCAGAGUCUGAGGGAGAGUUGGGGGCGAAGGCUCGCUCCUCCUGCCGCCCACGCCGCUCGGGGCCUCUCCGGGGGUCGGCAGCCCCCGCGGAGGCGGCGGCUGCUGGGGAGGAGCCGUAGCUCCGGGGACAGCGGAGUGGAACCCCCCAGGUACUCUCCCAUCACACCCCAAGCAGGAUCCAGAAGUGAAACUGCUCAGGGUCACAGCCCAGCGCCGCCGCUGCGCCCCGCCCCGCCCUUCCGGGCACUGCAGCCUUGCAGGAUCUCCCAGUGCUCGGCGACUGCAGGGGAGGAAACUGGGGGAGGGGAAAGGGAAGUGCCCCGUGGGGCAGUCUGCAAAGCGAGGCCUUCUCUCCUGGGGGUGCCCGCUCGUAACCACGAGUGGGAACCUCGAGAGGCGCGGACCUUAACAACUGCAGCCGAAGGACAGGCGCCUGCACUUCCCGCCACCGCCACUGGGUGUCACUGCAGCCGCGCGGCUGAGCCGGCUCGGAGCCGUCGGGAGGACCCGGCAGAUCCGAGCCUGCCGCGCCCGCGGGGUCCUGCCUGGCCUUCGCCCCUAGAGGCCCCGUGGUGCUUGGAUGCGGUGUUCAGACCUCCCUCCACCCACCCGAUCUCUCAAGGCCUUCACCCAGCCCACCGACUCUCCAUGAAGAGCAAAUUAAUAAUCCCCUUGCUCCGCGACGGAUGGGUUCAUUGCUGGGGCGCCGCGCGAGCCUCCUGCUGCUGGACCCGGGAUAAAAGGCGCAUCUUCGAUGGCUUCGGCGGGGCCCGGAAGCCAGCGAUCUCAGCCAGUCACCAAGGACGUCCAGCUGCUGAUUUCCAGUAUCCAGCUCAAGGCUGAGCCAGCUACCUCUAAAGGCCCCCAGCAGCCCAGGUCCGUCAGAGUGGCCAGUACUGAGAAGAAUAGGGACAGAGAACAAAGGACAAGGCAGGGAAGGACUGUGUUCACCACUCAUGAGAUGGGCUGAGCCUGACCUCUGUCCCUAAUUGUAUCUAUGACCUCUGGGGGCGGGGGGACUCUCCUUGAACCUCAGUUUCCCAUUUGUAAAAUGGGAAUGAUAUCUACCUCACAUAUUCCAAUUAGCUGAUUGACAUAGAAAGGCUUGGUCUCCUGCCCUGUGCCUCAGGCGAUGAGAGGUCACUGUGUCCUAUCUUUAUGCAGCCUAAAUACCUGGACAUGCUUAAGAGGUGACUUGGGGACUUCUCUGGUGGUCCAGGGGUUAAGGAUCCACCUUGCAAUGGAGGGGACACAGGUUUGAUCCCUGGUUGGGGAACUAAGAUCCCACGUGCUGUGAAGCAACUAAGCCUGCACACCACAACUGGAAAGUCCAUGCACCACAAGGAAAGAUCUUGCGUGCUGCAACCAAGACCCAACCCAGCCAAAUAAAUAAAUUAAAAAAAAAAAGUGACUCAUUCUAACCCUUUAACUCUCAUCCCAGCCUGGACCCCUUGCACCCAUACUUUGGAAGUUGGUGCUGGGCAUCCAUGGCCAGCACAUAAGCCAGUACCAGCCAGCUCGAGCCCAAGGAGCAGCCACUGAUGAGAUGGUUCUGGGAACCAUGGCAGGUGGCAGGUUGCACUGGUCCCUGGCUCCUCAAAUCUUGCUAAAAAGAAACAAAAUCUUCACCCCUCUCAUUUCUGGACUUGCAGUACUUUCUUCAGGGUAAAUCCCCAGCAGGUUCCAGGCUGAGCAUAGAUGGAUGAAACCUGUCUGCCCAUCUCUGUCCGAAAGGCCUGACUCCCCGGCCUCUCCUCUCCUCAGGAUUAGCCGAGGUUGGGGUGCUUCAGUCACAAGUGGCCGCUGGGCUUGCCAAGUCCGGUCUGAUGGCUGGCUGUGGUGGCUGGUCCUUCUCAAAGUCCCCCUAGGAAAAUACCACUUGCCAGCAGGAGGGCUGCAGAGAAGGAGGGGCUCUCCAGGGGAGGAUCCCCUACCGGUGGUUUAGGAAUUCCACCUGGCAGUCAGGCCAGCUUGGAACAGCCAGGACCUGGCUCUCCCACUGUGAUUUGGGGCCAUUCUGAGGAGUCCGUUUCCUCACCUGCAAAAUGGGAUACCACAUCGUGCCCAACCAAUUGAAAAGACAAAGCUUAUACAAAAUUAAAGAAUGAAUCGCAUGUACUGAUUCAUUGUACCAAUUCAUUCAUGUACCGAAUCACACGUAUGCUCAGUCAUGUCUGACUCUUUUCGACCCCAUGGACUGUAGCCUAACAGGCUUCUCUGUCCAUGGGAUUUUCCAGGCAAGAGUACUAGAGUACUUGCUAUUUCCUUCUCCAGGGG